AUGGCAUUAAACCACACUGCCCUGCCCCAGGAUGAGCACCUGCCACACUACCUUCGGGAUGAGGAUCCCUUUGCUUCCAAACUUUCCUGGGAAGUGGAUUUAGUGGCUGGCUUUUACCUGACAAUAAUUGUUGUAGGCAAGCCAUUCACCAUCAUUUCUUGCUUCUGUCACCGCUGGGUGUUCGGCUGGAUUGGCUGCCGUUGGUAUGGAUGGGCUGGAUUUUUCUUUGGCUGUGGGAGCCUCAUCACCAUGACAGCUGUUAGCCUGGAUCGUUACCUGAAAAUCUGCUACUUAUCUUAUGGGGUUUGGCUGAAGAGAAAGCACGCCUUCAUCUGCCUGGCAGUCAUCUGGGCCUAUGCUUCCUUCUGGACCACCAUGCCCCUGGUGGGCCUGGGGGACUACGCACCUGAGCCCUUCGGAACCUCGUGCACCCUGGACUGGUGGCUGGCGCAGGCCUCAGUUGGGGGCCAGGUUUUCAUCCUGAACAUCCUCUUCUUCUGCCUGUUGCUCCCUACCGCUGUGAUCGUGUUCUCCUAUGUGAAGAUCAUUGCCAAGGUUAAGUCCUCUUCCAAGGAGGUGGCUCAUUUUGACAGUCGGAUCCACAGCAGCCACGUUCUGGAAAUGAAGCUCACCAAGGUGGCGAUGUUGAUUUGUGCUGGUUUCCUGAUUGCCUGGAUCCCUUAUGCAGUGGUCUCUGUGUGGUCAGCGUUUGGAAGGCCAGACUCCAUUCCCAUCCAGCUCUCUGUAGUGCCAACCCUCCUUGCAAAAUCUGCAGCGAUGUACAAUCCGAUCAUCUACCAGGUCAUUGAUUACAAAUUUGCUUGUUGCCAGACUGGUGGUUUGAAAGCAACGAAGAAGAAGUCUUUGGAAGACUUCAGGCUGCACACCGUAACCACAGUCAGGAAGUCUUCUGCUGUGCUGGAAAUCCAUCAAGAGGUAUGAAGAUGGACACAGCAUCACUCAUGGACACAUUUAUUCAGUUAUUCACCUCUUCACUGCUGUUAACAUCUGAUUGUAGCCACAGUUUUCUCUUUAUAUUAUAUUUUUAUAUUUUGUACACUUUUUUUUCUGUUUUUCCUUUAGCCAGGGUUUGCUGGAAAAUUCUAGUGGCCAAAUGGAAACUAGAUUAGAGGAUACUACUUGAAGGAAUAGUAUGAGUGAGCAUCCCUGGAACUUUCUUUUUAAUUGUGCUUUAAAACCUAUUGUCAUGCCAAACAGUAAUAAUUCUGAGAUAUUAAGAAAAAUGUUGAAUAUUUUAUUUUUAGGGUGUUAUUUAAUUUUACUGCAUCAUCAUUAUUAUCAUUUCUUGACGUAGAGUCAGGAAUGCAGUUUCUGGGGUUCUUUUUGGUGGGUAAACAUCAGGAUUGUGUGUUGGGCCAUGGCUCUUUGACUGGUAGAUGCUUCUGGUUCUCAUAGCUCCCCUCUAUUCAUGCUGACAGAGGGUCAUACUCCAAUAGCAACGAUUCUGCAAAGAAGUCCUAUAGGGAAAUGAGUUUUGUCUGAAAUCACUAAAUGGAAAACUCUCUUUCUCUCUAAAUUUGAAGACAAAAAUAAUUCCCACUGAUGUUAAUUUUACACAGGUGGGUUUUUAUUAUUAGGGUCUAGUUACUGAUAUAGUGGAUCUAGCAUGGUACUACUAGCUUUAGUUGUUUAAGAAAUGAAUUUAGUGAAAAUAGUUAUGUGUAAUUGUAUUUCUUGUUUGUUCUUUGUGAUCUUUGUUCUUUCUUUGUUCAUUUUUUCUUCAUUGAAUACCUUUUGAAAUCCAUAAAGAGAUACAAUUUUGAAUGAGAUGUAAAGAUUUGAAGGGCAGACCUUUGUCCCUUAACAGCUAAUGAAAGUGGCAGGCUUGUAAAUACUAGGUUCAAAUAGUAUUAGUAAAAUCAAUGUCAAUCUGAUCAUCUCUCCUGAUCUGAGGAGCAUGACCAUCUGCAUUGCUAUUAAAGAAUAGCUGGCAGGUAUCCUCCACACUUCCUUCAUUCCAUCUACCUCCACCUUCUGCUAUGAACCAAGUCUUGCUCAUGGAUUCUCAUUCUACCUUCUGGUAACUUCUAGUUAAAAAAUAGAAAAGGGGAGGAAAGCGACCACUUGUGCCAUUGAUGAUCUCUCCAUCCUUCCAUUUGAAGGUUCAGAGAGAAUCGGACACACCUCCAAGGCUCAGCCCUCUAUGUAUGGUACCAUCUUUAGUUCAUUUUGAGUUAUCUUGAGAGUUGGGGUAGGGGAUGAAGAAGAGAUUGAUGUUGUCAUUGGUUUAAGAUAAGUGUCAAAUAGAUGCUACAAAACAUGCUCUGUGAAUAAAGCAAAAAGUUAACUCUGA